ACAAGCUCGGGGCCUACUGAAAAGCCUCCUGGACGUUGAAUUUCUCUCGCUUGGGUUUGCGGUGGGGCACGAAGAGGUUGAGGUGGAACAACGUAGAGCGUCCCGGGAUCCGGCCGCUCGCUACCUUCCUGAACGUUGGGGCACGGGGCCUCCCCGGGGAUCCGUAGCGGAGCAGUGGGGCCGCAAAGACCAGGGCGACUGCGGGCGCUCCGGAAUCCCGAACUCGGUGUUAAGAAGACGCCGCGGAGCUUGUCGGAGCCACGCUGGGAUUUGAAGCCGAGGCCAAAUGCUACUGUCUCCAUACGUCCGCGACCGGAAGUCGCCUCUUGGGCUUUGCAUCCUUUUUCAGUUUGGCCUGAGUUUGGGUUAAUUGUGUAAAUGUCUUAGCCGUUUAGGCCGAAUUUCAUGAAUACGUUUGAAAAGAGCAAAAGCGCCGAAAGCAAAGGAUUGCAGAUGGCGGGUGAAAAAGCUGAGAAGCCUAAUGCAAAGGAGAAGAAACCUGAAGCCAAGAAGGCUGAUGCUGGUAGCAAGGUUAAGAAGGGUAACCUCAAGGCCAAGACGCCUAAGAAGGGGAAGCCCCACUGUAGCCGAAACCCUGUCCUAGUCAGAGGAAUUGGCAGGUAUUCGCGAUCCGCUAUGUACUCGAGAAAAGCUAUGUACAAGAGGAAGUAUUCAGCAGCUAAAUCCAGGAUUGAAAAGAAAAAGAAGGAGAAGGUUCUUGCUACUGUCACAAAACCAGUUGGUGGUGACAAGAAUGGUGGUACCCGAGUGGUUAAACUUCGCAAAAUGCCUAGAUAUUAUCCUACUGAAGAUGUGCCUCGGAAACUGUUGAGCCAUGGCAAAAAACCCUUCAGUCAGCAUGUGAGAAAACUGCGAGCCAGCAUCACUCCUGGGACCAUUCUGAUCAUCCUUACUGGGCGCCACAGAGGCAAGAGGGUUGUUUUCCUGAAACAGUUGAGCAGUGGCUUGCUACUUGUGACUGGACCUCUGAUCCUCAAUCGAGUUCCUCUGCGUAGAACACAUCAGAAAUUUGUCAUCGCCACCUCCACCAAAAUUGAUAUCAGUGGUGUGAAAAUCCCCAAACACCUCACUGACACCUACUUCAAGAAGAAGAAGCUGCGUAAGCCCAGGCACCAGGAGGGUGAGAUCUUUGACACCGAGAAAGAGAAAUACGAGCUUACAGAACAGCGCAAGGUCGAUCAGAAAGCUGUGGACUCACAAAUUCUGCCAAAAAUUAAAGCUGUUCCUCAGCUCCAGGGCUACCUCCGCUCUGUGUUUGCUCUCACAAAUGGAGUUUAUCCUCACAAAUUGGUGUUCUAAAUUUCUUUCAAAGAACCUAAUUAAAUAACUGAUCCAUUUCC